AUGACUGGAAAAUUAAUUACAAUUUUACUUUUUUUACUAUUUUUUUAUGGUAACCAAUCUUCACCAUUAAAUAAUGAUAGAUCUUUAUGUGCUUCUAUAAUCAAUAAUAUACCGGCAACAUUUAUUUCUGAAGAAAUGGCUAAUGAUUGUAAGCCAUAUUUAAAAAAUGAAAAAUAUACAGCAAGAGAUACUAGGACACCAUCAUUUAACUUAAAACAAUCUAUUUUUAGUAACAGAAUGUUGUUUGAUCAAUUAAGAGAUUCUAUUGGAAAUUACAGAAUUUUUCAGAAAUUUAAGAAUCAUGUUGAUGCUUCUGGUAGAAAUAGAUAUCAUCCUGCUUUUACCAAGACAGGUUUUGAGAGAAUGAUAAAAAAAACUACUGUUAAUAAAUAUAAAAAACAACCAAGUAAAAAAAAUGAUGAUUUAAUAAUUUUUGAAAAAAGAAAUGAUUUGAAUGGACGUUUUCAACGUUCAGAAUCACAAAUUCCUGAAGGAUUCUCAUAUGACUUCGUAAGAUUUGGAAAAAGAGAUCCUGUUUAUAUACAAAAAAAUCCAUCUCUUGACAAUUCAUUAGAAAUAUAUAAACAGUUCUACAAAAAAUCUGAAGAUAAUAAAACUUUUAACUUUAGAAAAGAAGGUGAACAAGAUAAAAGAGGAGUUACAGAAAGUAAUAAUUACGAUUUUGUCCGUUUUGGUUAA